UUACAUUGCAAGCAAAAACCUAAAAACAGGGAAUUUCUAUCUAUGUUGUACGUGUCCAGUCCACUCCUCUAAAAGGAGCAGGUUUACGAAUGCAUUCAGUAUGAGAGUAGUGUGUGUUUAUGUGUGUAUUAAAAAAAGGGUUGAAAACAAUAAAACGGACUUCCCGUCAAAAUACGAAACACAAUUAAAUACUUAGUUUGUGAAUGUAUUUUUCAUUUAGUAUGUACAAUAACUGAUAUAAGCAUACAGUUAAGGAAGGUUACUUCUGUUGAAGCAAUUGGCAUUGAUAACAUAACGAACGACUGAAUAUAAUAAUACGGCGCAAAAAGAGCAUAGACAUUAAGUGGGCAAAUCAUCAGCGAAUGAGUUCUGUAAUAAAACUUGACGGACGGGCGGAUUGCUCCCAUUAUUAAAUAAACUGGUUCAUAUUUUAAUAUGCCUAUUGCCUCCUGAUGAUGAUCGUCGGUCGACUAUCCAUCACCUCAUCUCAUAAAUAACUAACUCGGCUGCCCUGCUAACGAUAAGUCGUCGUACCGGGUUGAUAUUUAUGGCUAUUAUUAAAAUACAAUACAAUACAAUUCCAAAAGUCAUUAAUGAAAAGGUUUGACAUGUUUAACACACUUAAUGAUAAUAUGUUAACGUAUCAAUGGAUAACAUGUCAGUAAUUGUGUUACUACUAAAUAAAACUACUUUAAAUAACAGUGCUGCUGAUGGGAAUCAAAGUGCAAAGUGGAGAAAGUCCAUAUGCAGUAAUAAUAUUUGACUCGUGAUUGAUGGUUAACGAACAACGUGUACAUAACUCAUUUGUUGACUUAAUUUUGCACCAGAUGAAAUUUAACAAGAAGAAAUUUGCACUUUCAAGUAUAAAUUUACACAAAUCUGUGUACUAAACUACCAUUUGUUGUGCAAAAUAGUUCAUAUUCUGUCUAACUAAAUGACGACGAUGUGAUGGUGAAUAACUGAAUUUGAAAUUGGUUUUUGACGAAAGUAUGACGAAUUUCUUCAAUUUGACGAAAUCUGAAGAUUCAUCUUCCACCGGAAAUUGACAGACAUGUUGGACAAGCGGAGCUUUUUCGCCAAAACGGUGGAACACUUGGCAAGAUGUCUGGCAGCCCUCAAGCCAACCCCGUGGGAAAAGGUCCAGCGAUUGUUUGACCUUUGUCCUCAUCAAAGUGCGAAUGGGGUGUUCCGUUUGGACGAUCGGGCUCAACAUGCAGUUGUAGCGCUUGGGAUAUAUUUCCUGGAAUCUGGUGUCCAACACAAGAAUCAGAUUUUGCCAUAUUUGAUCCUUCUCUUCAAGUCGCUCACAAAGUCACAGUGGGUUUAUCCUGGAAAUAAUCAUGAGCGAAUGCCGAUGCCCGAGAAACUUUCCUUCCUCUUGACAACGCUCCUUUGCGACGUUGCAGUACUUUUGGAUGAAAAUGACAGAACUCAAAUUAUCACUGUACAGCUGGAAGUCCUUCAACGGUUAUCUGAAAGUGUUACGGAAGCCAUUAAAAUUUCUCAUGUGGAACAGCACAAGAAAGAAUUCAUUACUGAUAUUCACCUUCCUAUACUUUUGGGAAUUGGGAGAGCUUUUGGACGAUUUGUCGACACUGAGAGUGGGAAUCCUUCCCUGUUUUCUCUAAUAUUUCCAAAACCUUCGCCCCCGUUGUUGGAAAAAGAUUUCAAUCGAAAGCAGCACAUGCGAUCCAUUCCCAAUUUUCGAUCCGUUAUUCCACGUUCAUUAUCGUCAAACUUUGGAGUUCCUGUCAUUCCCGAGUACGACCCGGAUGACCCUGCAAAGUUUGCAGUUUUAGCUUUACCAAAGUCGAUGGUGGACUAUUCUACAAUUUUCUUCCGAAAAGCUGGUUCCUCCUAUGCAUCUUAUAAAGGGGAACGUCCGCUCGUGAAAUUCACUGUGGCUCAACUUCAAAUAAUAUUAUCUUCUGCCAAAAUCCUGCUGAAUCAAACUGUUUUAAGCUCACUGGACGCUUGGACGAUGGAAGUUCGAUCUUUGCAAGGAGAAAAAGGGCUUUUAUACAAGAGUGUCAGUGAAAUUCUAAACCUUGUUAUGGUUUCGCUGCUCAAGGAAUGCUUGUACAGACAUCAAGAGCUCCCCAUACCGUUUACAAAAGAAGUUCAAGAAUUUGUGAAAGGUUUAUUUCUCUCAGGACAAACUGAACUGAUGCGAUAUUCAAAGAGAACGACGGAGGAAUUGGAUGCUGCCGAUCAUAACAAUAAACGGUGUGGAAAGUUUCGCAUGAACGUACAAACCAACGCCAACUGUGUCGAACUCUUGGUGUGGGCUAUCGGAGAUGAAACAGGUGCUGACAGCUUGUGUAGCAGACUCAAUGAGAAGAUUAAUGAUUAUCAUGCCAAUAAAAUGGCCCUGGCGCACAUGCCCCUACUCGUAGUUUGUCUCCAGGGCUUAGGAGAUCUCGCCAUAAAGUUCCCAGCUAUUGCAUCCUCCAGUAUUCAAUAUCUUAAAGAGUUUUUAGUCAACCCUUCACCCAUCCUGUCACGACUUUAUAAUAGAGAAGCUGCCAAAGCGAACAAAUUAUCCGAAGUCUUCAAAAAGGAGGACGCAGCAAUGGACGCAUUUCAAAGGUUACGUGACGUGGCCAUUGAGAAUCUAUGCAGUUCCUUGAAGGCUGGAUUGACAAUGGAUCCAAAUUCCGUACAAGCAUUUCUGGCAUCAGUUUCUAACCGAGUGUUCAUGGCUGAAAAAGAAAUGGGAGGAAAGAUCGAAGAAGUGACGAACGUAAAUUCCAUUUUGGUCUUGACCAACGCAAUCGUAAUGUUGGGCCAUGUAGCGAUUGAAUUGAAAGAAACUCACAAAACAACUGAAUCAAUUCUCCACUUUUUACAACAACGUGUCGGAAAAAUGCCUCCUGUGUUGGACAUUUUAAUCGUUGAUCAGCUAUCCUGUAUUGUCAUUGCUAAAUGCGAAACGCAAGUUUACGAAGAAGUGAUGAAAAUGUUCACCAUGUUCACUAUCGAAGCAAGUUCGACAGCCUACUCUCAAGUUGUGGAGGACAGAAAAUAUCGUCAUAUUAGUGGCGCAGCAAUGAACGCGUUGGCAAAUGUGGCAUUAAAUCUUGAAGGCGAAGCUCGUAUGACUGACUUGCUCGGUCGUUUACUGGAAUUGUUCGUCCAGUUGGGACUGGAAGGGAAGCGAGCGGCUGACAAAUCUCCAGCAACUAUUAAAGCGUCAACUUCUGCUGGAAAUUUAGGAACGUUAAUCCCCGUGAUCGCCCUUCUGCUUCGUAGAAUGCCUCCAAUAGUGGACGUGAAACCGAGAUUGCACAAGUUAUUUCGCGAUUUUUGGCUGUACUGCAUUCUUAUGGGAUUCGUAACACCAGUGGAGCAGGCCGGUUUGUGGCCGCAUGAAUGGUACGACGGUGUCAAAGACAUUGCGUUCAAAAGCCCACUGCUCGUAUGUAAAACCAGCUUAAGAUCAGAAUUAAGGGAAUUACAAUACACCUCAGCUCUCCGUUCCGACGCUGUUUCAAGUACCGAACUGCAAGAUUUUAAGACAAAGAUUUCCGCAAUGCUGGAGAAUCCUGAUGUCACAGCUAUAAUCAAGAACUUACCAUUCCCGCAAUGUGCUUACGUCCUGUCCGUAUACUGGUUAGAAAUCUUGAGGAUUCAAACCGUACCUCACCCAAGUUUCAAAGACGUGUUUGAAUAUAUUUGUGAACCUUCAAUCAUGAAAGACAAAUUGGGAUUGUGGCAGUGUAUCAACUGCGUCGCCGAAAAAGUAUUUGCAAAGUUUUUAGAAGUUAUGACCCAACGAGACAAAGUUCUUCAGAGGGAGAUUGAAUUGGAAGAACACGCGCAGUUCCUCUUCGUCCGAUUUAAUCAUACACAUCGUCAAGUACGAAAAGUCGCGGAUAAAUUCUUGUCUGGCCUUGUGGAAAAAUUUCCUCACUUGCUGUGGAGCCGAGCUGUAUUGCACACCAUGUUGGAUGUCUUGGAAGUCUUGUCGUACAGCUUGACUACGAAUCCAAUUGUUGAUAAUCCUCCACUUUCGAUUCCCAACACUCCGUACGAACUUCAAUGCAUGGACACUAUGGAUGCACGAGAGGCAACCGUCCGGGAUUAUGCGGAACGUUGUAUUGGAUUCCUUCAAGAAGCAAUGAAGUGGGCUCCACAAACCACCCGAUCUCACUUAGAAGAGUAUUUAAACAUUCAUAGUUUCGAUGGACUCAAACACCACUCCGGACUUGCCAUGGCCGCCGAAAGUUUACUAAAAUACUCGGGAUUGAAUGUUACUGCGGAAACAUUGCCACAUGUCGCAUUGUCGAGAAGACCGGAUUGUACUAAAUCAUCACUGCCCAAAUUCUUAUCUUCCUUAUCUCUCCGGAGCAAAUAUUUGGGUCUAGUGAAAGGAAUGCUAAUGAUGGAAAGUGUAGAAACUGUGUCGCUUCAACUGCUUAGAGUUGUGUCUGCUCAAACCGAGGACGAACCUGAUUAUACUCCUCCCACCAAAGAAGAAUUCGUUGAUGCUCUUUGGACACUGGCAGCCCUAUUGAUUAGCACAGAAGGAUUAAAUCGAACCCUGGUGCACGCCGUGUGUUGGGGACCCAUUGAAAUGUUCACUGAGGAUAUGAUCCGAAGUGCCAUCGAGUUGUGGCAGUGGAUCCUCUCUGCCAGGCGAGACCUGACAUUACCAUUCAUCCAAGAAAUGUUGGGCUCUUGGCAGUGCACCGUCGAACGUCGGAUGGGAAUGUUCACUCCGGAUGAAGAACCGACAAGUCCACUUGCUGCACAUGAAGGAUGUCAACUGGACAUUCCAGCUCCACUCAUCGCCCCGCACGACCUCUGGAUAACCUUCAUUUGUGAACUAGUCGAGAACAGCAAGAGUUGUAAUGACGACGUGAUUGAAAUGUUCAUUUACAUGAUUCAUCGCACUUUACCAAUGGAGGUGGGUGACCGUACCUACAUGACGAGAAAUGUCGCAGCACUCCGGCCAAGAUUCAGACUCCUCAGUUGUGCUCUCACCCUUCUCCAAGAUGACACAUCGAGACAUUCAAUGUUGAAGAAGGCCGUCAUCCGGGAAAGAGUUUAUUGCGCGUGCUUUGACUAUUUUUGUCAAGGGUAUGCCUGGCCAACGGAAGGGGCAUCAGCGUUGAGGAAGGAUCUUCUCGUAGUGCUUAAAUUUUGGCAGAUUCUACAUAACGAUAAAAAGUAUAUUCGACCCAUUGCGGAGAGGCAGGUCAAACCUGGUAAAGCAUUGCCAGAAAAAGAGAGCUGGACAACCAUGUCGGGCGGAGAUAUACGGUUCGGAGAUGGCUGGCUAAACACGAUGUACCGACACAAGGACAACCCUCUCCCAUUGUUUAAGAAGCGGAAAGAUAACUUUGACAAGGACAACGUCAAGGAGUACAUUCGUAAACGGAAUUUGAUUUUAGAAUUGUUGGCACAAGAGGUCGAUGUCCUCAUGACGUGGAAUAAUCCGUUAAACUCGACUGAACUAGUCCUCUCGGGAGAAGCCACCAUCAACACGUGGAGGUUGAUGAAGUCAUCUGACAAGAUGUGGAGAGAAUCGGUCCGACUGGCUUGGGAAAUUAGUCCACUGCUCGCUAUUCAUCUUCCAUGCCGCUUAAAGUCAACCGAGAAGAGUGUUGUUUCAGAAGAAGUUGCACGGUUAGCAAGAUACUGGCCUGAAACUAUUAUGCACAUUCCAGAAGGGCUGACCUACCUCGUCACAUCCGACAUGGUCCUCAAUGAUGCUCCAGAGCUCUCCUGUAUCUUGACCUGGGCGCCUUGUACUCCGAUCAGAGCAUUGGCAUUCUUCAGCCGACAGUUUCCUCCUCAUCCCUUGACGGCGCAGUAUGCUGUUCGAACUUUAAACACGUAUCCGGCCGAUGCAGUGUUGUUCUAUAUUCCUCAACUUGUUCAAGCUUUGCGUCAUGACACCAUGGGCUAUACCGCGGAACUCGUGAAAACUUUGGCGAAAAAGUCACAACUCGUAGCUCACCAACUGAUUUGGAACAUGCAAACCAAUAUAUUUUUGGAUGAAGAAGGCCACAAUCGAGAUCCCGCCAUUGCGGAUACCCUCGAAGCCCUUAUCUCAUCGAUUGUAUCAUCCUUAUCUGGAAAUGCGAAAGAAUUUUACGAAAAGGAAUUUUCAUUCUUUGACAAAGUUACGGCAAUUUCUGGAGAAAUUAGAAAAUACCCCAAGGGACCGGAGAGAAAGGACGCUUGUUUGGAAGAAUUAGCCAAGAUUGAAGUUGAACAAGGCUGCUAUUUGCCCUCCAAUCCAGAAGCACUUGUCUUAGAUAUUGAUGCCAAAAGUGGAACUCCGAUGCAAAGUGCUGCUAAGGCCCCCUUCUUAGCAAGAUUCAGAGUUCGUCGAACGGGCAUUGCUCUCGUUGAAACGUCUGGUCUAGGACAUAAUUCUGGUCAAGAAGGGCAAAAAUCUCUAAGCAUGCAUCCUGAGGUUUGGCAAGCUGCAAUAUUCAAAGUUGGAGAUGACGUCCGACAAGACAUGCUAGCAUUGCAAGUGAUCUCCCUUUUCAAAAAUAUCUUCCAACAAGUAAACCUGGAUUUAUACUUGUUUCCGUAUCGGGUUGUUGCUACUGCACCCGGCUGUGGAGUUAUUGAAUGUGUUCCCAAUGCGAAAUCUCGAGAUCAGCUAGGACGUCAGACGGACGUGACGUUGUACGACUAUUUCAAAAAGCAAUUUGGAGAUGAAGAAACUCCAGGGUUUCAAGAAGCAAGGAAGAAUUUUAUCAAGUCUAUGGCAGCCUACAGCGUGGUCGGCUUCUUACUCCAAAUCAAGGAUCGACACAAUGGAAACAUCAUGUUGGACCAAGAAGGGAAUCUUAUUCAUAUCGAUUUCGGAUUCAUGUUUGAGAGCUCACCAGGUGGAAAUUUGGGAUUUGAACCUGAUAUUAAAUUAACGGAAGAGAUGGUGAUGAUUAUGGGUGGAAAAAUGGAGGCACCCCCAUUCCGUUGGUUUGUUCAUCUCUGUGUGCACGCCUUCUUGGCCGUGAGACCGUACUGCGAGUCUGUCAUUUCGCUGGUGACUCUCAUGCUUGAUACUGGGCUUCCAUGUUUUAGAGGACAAACUAUUAAAUUACUACGGGAAAGAUUUUCAACGACAAAGAGUGAAAGAGAUGCCGCCUUGUUUAUGAUUGACGUUAUAAACAAGUCGUUCUUGUCGAUUCGAACAAAAACUUAUGACAUUCUACAAUUUUACCAGAAUCAGAUUCCAUACUAGUUCAAACUCAUACUACAACACUCCCAGAAUCCCUGAGUUAUCAAUACAUUGACAGAGAGAAUGACAUUUUAGACAAUUAUAAUGUAUGAAAACUGUAUAUCUGAUGGUGCUGAUGGAAACCUCACGUGAUGGCGCUGUAAUAAGUGAACGUGUAUUAUUAUUAUUGUCUCAAAAUAUGAUUAAUCUUGUCAUCAGUAGUAGUACAUGAAAAAUAGCUCAAAAUAUUAAGUGCAUUAUUAUACAAAAAAAGAAGUAAACUUCAAUUAAGCAUAA